CAAUGAGUGUUUAUGUUUAUUCUGGUCAGAUAAGCCGAUGAGAUAAUCUAUCCUAUACUAAAAGGGAUAUAUACUCCCCAUAUAGCAUGUCCACGUAGGACAAUUAAAUCAACCAAUCACGUUGAAGCAUUUAGCCACGUCAGAUGGACUGUGCGAUUUUUAAAAAAUUUGACGUGGUAGAGUUAGGCCAUAAAGCCCAUGUUAUUGAUAGAAGAAAACCGAGAACACGAGCUCGCCUUCUUCAAAUCUUCAAACCCUAAUUUCCUCUCUCGAUUCGGGACACCCUUUUUGCUCUUCCUCUUCUCCAUUCCGUUACGCGAUUUGAUCAUCGUCGGAGAAGGUGAGACGGCUCCGGUGGGGGCCGCGAUCGGUUUGCUGGCGGAGACUGAGGCUGAGAUCGAAGAACCUCAGAGCAAAGCCGCCUCGAAAUCUUCCUCUGCCUCUCCGAUCGGUAUGCACGUCUAACCCUUUCUUCUUGCCUUUUCAGUUCUUCUUCUCCAUCUCUCAUUCCUCCUCCUCUUCCAAUCUACAAAUGUUGUUACAACAGAGCAUCGAUGAUCAGAUUACCCAUAUAUGCUCACUUAGGAUUGAAGAACCUCCAUGAUGUUGUCAACGUUUAUAUGAAGGGGUUUGACAUCGAUCCAAGCAACCGUUACAAUCAUGUUUGGUAGACGCUCAAGGUUUUGCGUCAACUCCACAAGCCGUCUCGGAUCCAUUUAGAUAGGCUUUCCAAUGGCUGGAGAUGUCGAAGAACCUAAUGACAGAUUCUUCAGCGAGAGGUUCUUUUGAUUUAAGCAGCUUGAUUUCAUAAAUAUUUGUACUCAGGUAGGUAAGCAGCGUGGAUCAGUGGAUAUCAGAUCCGUUGCGGGAACUGGACCAUUCGGUAGGAUCACUGCUUCUGACGUGGAGGCUGCGGCUGGGAUCGCUCCCUCCGUGGCGGCACCACCGCCUCCUCCCCCUCCUGCUGCUGCUGCGAAAGCUACCACAACAAGCUCAAGCUCGCCUCCUCUGUUGCCUGGUUCAAGUGUCGUUCCCUUCACGGCAAUGCAAUCUGACGUAUCCAAAAACAUGAUUGAGAGCCUCUUUGUUCCAAUGUUCCGUGUUGGUUAUCCAGUGAACACUGAUGCUCUUGAUGCACCCUACGAGAAGGUGAAUGUGAAUGUACAUUGUUGUGAGGUCGUAUCAGCAUAUUCUAAUCAUUGAGCUGUUUUUUUUUUUUUUACAGGUGAAGCCGAAGGGUGUAACAAUGACUGCGUUGUUGGCUAAGCUGCAGGGAUGGCUCUUGCUCAGCAUCCUGUGGUUAACGCAAGCUGCAAAGGUUUGCUCUAAGAUUGAUGGGAUGUGAAUCGGACUCGGGCUUCUUCUCAUUGAUGAAGUUAAAAAAAAAUUAAUGUGAUCUCUAAUGCAUGUUUUAUUUGCAGGUGUUGCUCUCCACGAUUAAUUGGGCUAUUUGUAAGGUUUGUCUAAAAAUCAUUUAUUAGAAUCGUAUGUUCUAUCACAAGAUAUAGCUCCUUCUGAUGAUUAAGCUUUGUUGCAGGCUAUUGAUCUGUUGGAACUUCUAAAGAUAGAAGAGGAAAUGCUUUCCGCACAAUCAAGGAAAAUAGUUAAAGGUAUUGCUUUCUUUACAUCGCAAAUACCUCUUUGUUAAGCAUACAAACUAAGAAAAUUUUAUUUAAAAUCCUAUAAUUUGAAUGGGGAGGCUAAUUUUUUUUCAGGGUGCUCUUGAUGUUCGCACAUAGAAAGCUGAAAUCUGGCAUACAGAUACUGCUAAGAGGCCAUACUCUAGACCAGCACAACCAAUCACUUUUGCCACAUUUGCACAAGAUGUGUUACAAGGGAGUGCUUAAGUAUCCAGGUUCACGAACAGAAGAACCAACCUCUUAGUGCAUCAUCCUUGAUGGAGCUCUUUCCACAGAGAGAGAGAGAGGAUGAUAGCUCAGAUUUCCAACCCAAGCAAACAGAAAAUCAUACUCAUUGCUAAACUUAUAGCCUUUCUGAGAUUACAAAAAAGGUGAUUCAACUUUGAGAAGAAAGGAAGCACGUCAUGGUGCAAUGAUAACUCUUUGAGAAGAGAGGAAGAAGACAAAGAAGAUAAUGCCGAAGACGAAGAAGCUGUGAUGAAAGCUAGAGCUGUCGAUGAUUGGAAGAAUUAUAAUCCAUGUGGUGCAUGUAACCAAAAACUCACAACUUGUGACUAAGAAGAUUAUAGACUGAUAUUUAACACUUUGUUUCAUCUCCAUUUUUCGAAUCUUUGACCUUUUUGGGUUUUUGAGAGACAAACCAACUACCAUUAAAGCACAGUUGUUGUUAUACAAGUUAUGUGACCUCUAAUACAUAUUUUUUUUUUCACAUACAUAUUUUCAUUGGUAAUGUGGCUCAGAUUUCUCCUCUUAUUGGCUUUGUACACAAGCAUGUUGUGAUUUUUGAUACUGAGCCCGAGCUAGAGAAAUCGGAAUUUUCGGUAAUGUCUUUGGAGAAAUGUGUUAAACAGCUCGAGGAAGAAAGAGUAACAGAAGAGACUUAUCAUCAUCAGCAGCGGAAGUGUAAACUCUGAAAGAUACAAUGCAUCUUACGAGAGGCAAGAGAUGGGCCAAUUUAAAUAUGGGGUUGAAUUAGCAGAGACAAGUUAUUGAAUAUAUGGUAUUUAGUUUUCUUAUUAUUUGUGUAUACUGGAUUUCAUUUAUUUCUCCAAAUUCAAUCAUAGUAUUUUUUUUGUUUUAAAUAAAUUAAACUAUUGAUUGAUUUUUUUAUUUGCAUUUAGUUUGAUUCUAUUUAAAUCACAUUUUAUUAUUUUUAUCCAAAUACAUUUAUAGUAAAAAUAAUAUUAUUAGUUCCCCUUUCUAAAUAUGUCUUCUUUUUUAAAAGUCAAUUUCAAAAGAAAUAUUAUCUAAUAUUUAAAAUAGUUAUUUUGUGAAUUAUUUUUAUAAAAAUCAUGUUAUAUAAGUAGUAUAUUAAGAUAUUUUAAAUAUUUUUAUUUACGUAGUUAGAUAAAGUUAUAAAGAAAACGUAUAUCAAAAUUAAAAAAUUAUAAAUAAAUAUUUUGCAAAACAUAUAAAACAUUUUUAUUAUAGUAAUUACAAAUAUUUUAAGUUACUAAAGAUAUCAUAUGUUAUUUAAAUUACUUUUUGUAAGAUUCUGAAAACAAAAUCAUGAUAUAAAGAUAGUAAAUGUUUAAAAUUAUUUAUAAAGGAAUUAUUUUCUAAUAUUAAGAUUAACUUUGUGUGAACUUUCCUUUUUAUGCAAUCCAUUAUAUAAAAUAUGUUUUGAUCCUCAUAUAUUUAUAAAUCCUAUUUUCAUGGAAUCUAUUUUCUUUUCUUUUAAAAAUAAAUUUUCAGCUUUAUAUUUUAUAAAUAUUUCCUUUUUAUUAUAUAAUUUAUUUUGUAAAAGAUAUAAAAAGAAAACUAAAAUAAAAAGUAAAUUUUUUUAAUAAUGUUGACCAUUAGAUAUAAUAUUUUUAUCCACAUACGAAACUGGAUUCUCAAAUAAUAUUAUAUAGAUUAAGAAAUGUAAAUAAUAAAAUUUUGAGAAAUUUUUAAUAUAUUCAACUCAUGUAGUAUUUCAAAUCAGCACCUUUAUCUUUCUUUAGUGUGUUAAUUUUUCAACUCAUAUUUAUGUUUCAUAAAUUGGAUAUCUAUUUUAUGAUAUCUAAAUACAGUAUAACCUCUUUAAAUUAAUAAUCUAUAAAUUAAUAUACACUAAAAAUCUCUAUAAAAUAGUAGAAUUUUAUAGUCUCAAAUUGAAUUUUUAGUUUAAUUAGUAUAUUGAUAAAUUAAUAUCUUUAUAAAUUAAUAAAAAAUUAUAAUUUUGAUGUAGUUACAACAUUAUUAAUUUAUAGAAGUUUCACUGUAUAUGUGGUAUAGAGAUAACAACUGAACCAAAUAAAACAGAAAUUUACUAAAAAAUAGCUCAAAAUAGAAAUUGUAACUAAUAAAUACAAUCAAACAAAACACUCACAUAGUAAUAAAAUAGAAAAGUUAUCCAUUCUCAACGAAUCCGAACUGUAUGGAUGUUACUGAACUGUAGUCAAAUGUUACAAUGAUAAGCGAUAUUGCAGUGCGGCCUGUCUCAUCCCAUUCGGUGCCCAUGCUGCUCUCAUACAUGUAUCCAAGCGGUCCCAUUCUCAUCCUCGCCAUGGAUCUGAACUAAGGCGUGUAAGAAUAAAGAUCAUACAGAGGACAUAUAAAUAUGGUAAAGUUGUGGAGAUUAAUCACGGUCUGAGGAGUUUUCUUAUUUUUGGUUUUGUGUGUGCGAGAAGCAAGCAAAGAAAAGUCAUUUUAAGAAAGCUUAGAGAAUUUUGUUUAUAAAGUGACUAUUACAAUUUCCUAUGUAGGUCUUUACAAGUUUUUGGUCUGUAUAAAUUCUUUCAGAAUAUUUGAUUUUUUUUUUUGAACAAGUCAGAAUAUUUUAUUUUAUUUUGUUAAAUAUUAUAUAAAAAAUAACUGAUAUCGUAUAUCACAAAAAUAAGAUUAGUUUAUUGUGAAAUUGAUAUUUUAAGUUAUAUUUAACAUUUAGAAUAUAAAAAUUUAAAUUAUACUUAAUAUAUGAAAUAUAUAAUUUUAUAAACAAAUAAACCGCGCGUAGCGCGGUAAACUCUCUAGUCAUUUCAUAAAGACUCAUAACUAAUUUGAUUAUAUCUGACUAAUCGAGUUCUAUCUUUAAGAAAAUUAUAAGUAUUCGGGUUUUGAAUUUAUCUAAAGUUUAUACAAUUCGAAAAAAAAAAGGAAAUAUUCCAUCAAAAACAAAAAAAAAAGAAAGAGAAUCUGUUUAAAAUAAAGUAGAUGGCAAAAACAAGCGGUUUCAUCAAUCAAUUGUGAAUAACAUGAACUGGAGUGUCCCUAUACUGUUAUCUCGAAACUGCAACAAUCUUCGACAAAAUUGAAUAUCAAGAAAAGAGAUUUGACGAGAGGGGAGGAAGUAGCGUAACUGCUGAACGAAGAAUCAGGGAUUUUCCCUCUCCAUAAUCGAACUCGGGGUUGCUUUGGUUUCGAGCAUUGGUUUCUAGGGUUCGAUCAUCUGUUCGGACUCACCAGUAAAGUUGGAAACUUUGAUUUCUCCAGUGUGAAGAAGAAGGUUCAAAAAUGCUUUCUUUGAGGAUGGAAGAUGCACCAAGAGAUGAAGGCUUGGAAUUCAAGUGGGGUAAAAAGAGAAGAGUCGGUGGAAAAAAGAAAGAUGUCCAGUUCUAUGAAUCUUUCACCUUUGACGGUGAUGAGUACUCUCUUUAUGACUCUGUCUUAGUUGGCGAUGCCAGUGAACAAGACUCUCAUGAACUCUUUGUUGCCAAGAUCAUUAAAAUUUGGGAACACACUAAUAAGCGUGCUAAAAACCCAAGGCAAGUCAAGCUUCUCUGGUUCUUUAGACCUUCUGAGAUUUCGCCGCAUUUACUUGAAGGAGUCCAAGAUGUGCUUGCAAAUGAGCUGUUUUUGGCGUCUGGUGAAGGUCCUGGCCUCGCUAAUGUCAACCCACUGGAAGCAAUCUGUGGAAAAUGCUCUGUUGUAUGCAUUUCAAAGGACAAAAGGAAUCCACAACCCACAGAUGAAGAAAUCAAGUCUGCAGACUUUGUGUUUCGCCGAGCAUUUGAUGUUGGAAGCUCUAGAGUGGUGGAUACUAUAGAUGAUAAAAUUGCUGGAGUUGACGUUACAUUUCUCUUCAACAGAGCUGGUAGUAAGCAAGAAGCAACUAAUGUACAGAAAAUUCAAGAAGACAUGAAUGGGAGUCUAGAUAGUUUGAAACUAAACAGUCUUCCAGCUUGUGUUUCAGUUCCGGAAACUGAAGACAACUCUAUUGAAUCUUCUGACUGUAGAGAAAGAAGUUAUGGUGGCGAAGAAGGGAAAGAAAAAGGUCUCAGUAAACUUGCAGAAGAAAGGUCUGUCAAGGAUUCUAGUGUGCAGGAAAGCUCAGCCCACGGUAAAGAACAUGACGCUUGUGAAGCUUCUGGCUUUAGAGGAAAUGAUUGUGAUGGCAGCAAGGCUCAAGGAAGUGAAGUUAAGAAACAAUUUACCAAAGAAAAGUCUCUUCCUGCAGAAGCAAGAUCUAGUGACACUUGUGAUGCUUCUGGCUCCAGGGUAAAACAUUCCGAUUCCGAGAAACCUCAAGCAAAUGACGUUAAAAAACCAUUGACUAAACAAAAAUCUGUGUCCGGUGGAGAAAGAUACAGUAAAGAGUCAAACGGAUUGGAUGACAGGCCUCAAAAGAAACAGAAACUAGAUGGUUGUGAUACAGAUGCGUUUAAGAGACCUAGAGACAAAGUGACCGGAGAUGAAGUCCCUCCUGAGAAGCCCAGUUUGGUCAAGAAGCACCGAGAUCUUGGUGUGUCAGUUUCUGAAAGAAGAGACGCAAAAACUGCAAAGAAACCCAGCUUUGAUGGUAAGCUAUUACAACGCGCUGAGGACGAGACGUUGGGAGAUGAUUAUGAAAGAGGUUAUCAAGUAAUUGAAGUGAAACAAAAGCCGGAUGCUGUAAACAGCAAAUGGUUUCGACCUCUUCCUUGGGAAGAAAGUAUGAGGGAAGCAGAGAAGGAAGAGAGAGUGGUUCUCCUUCAAAACCUGGAUCCUACUUACACAUCUGAUGAAGUGCAGGAUAUAGUCUAUUCUGCUUUGAGUGAGCAAUCUACAGCGAGGAUGAUAGAGCGUACAUCAGUCACUAUUUCUCAUACUGGUGAAGCUUUGGUCAUAUUCAAUUCAAGACAAGCUGCGGAAAGAGCGAUUAGAAGACUAGAUAAGGGAUGCUUGUUGCUAUCAAGUGGGAGGCCCCUUGUUGCUGUCUUUGCUAAGAUAAAUCCUCCAGGGAAGCUGUCAUCAUUCUACGGUCAUACCAAACUACAGAAAACUCAAAUGCGACGAGAGACGAGAGAUCGAGUGUCUACAUCGCGUGGCUCUCAGCCGAACACCCUUGAGUAUGUAAUGGCAAUGGAAUGGUACUUGCACCGAGCUAGAUCUGACCAUGCGUUUCAAACUGUUAUUAAGCGGCAAUUGGAGGUGAAAAAAUCGCUGCGGAUUAACUUCAAGGCUAAACUUCCUUAGCUUCAGAAUCAUCUGGUGUUUUCUUGUAAACAUGUACAUCUCUCCUAAGACGGUGACUGAAGCAUUUUGCUAUUGUAGUAAGCAUGCCAGGCCAUCAAAGCCAGUGGACAGAGAAGAGCCAUGGCUAUGGCGUUUUUGACUUUACUUGUCCUUUCCACUCUUUGUUUUUUGAUGCUAGUAUGGAUAUCAAUUGCUAUUAUUACUUAACCAAACUGUAAACCGAAUUCAUGAAUCUAAUUUCCGGUUUGGUAUACAAGUAAUUGUCCC